AUGGUGAGGUGUUGGAAACAUUCGGAAGACCAUUUGGAGGAAGCACAGUGCACGGAUGGGGGCCCUGCCGCAUCCCCCCGCUUCCCACACAAGGCCUUCUGGGUCAGCCUCUCAGCCUGUCUGCUCCUGGUUAUCAUUGCCCUUGGUCUGACGGGGCACUUCGGGUUAUCCCAACCCCAAACUCGGUCUUUACAGAUUGUCCGAAUCACAGCUCUAGAUCAGACGGGAGCUCUCGUCAAUCAGUCGGCAGUCGUGGAUCGGCAGAACGACCUGGUGACCUUUUCUGUGACCUCCCCGGCAAACCAAACGUCCACUGUGCUUUUUGAUAUCAAACAUGGCUUGAUAUGCUACAAACCUACUGACCAGGACAGCUGCUUCCUGCGAAACAUGGAAACGUCCGACUAUAAGAACGUGCACUCCCUCCUGCGCGAGUCAAUACACGAGCAGAGUCAGUUCCAGCUGUAUGGGAAUGAGACGCAGAGGCAGACAGAGUUCCUGGGGGUUCUGGCAGCCAGUCAGGUGGACAUAACCACCCUGGAGGACCCUCUACAGGCUCUGUGUCAAGACAGGAGCGUCCACUGGACCAGGAGGGCCGAGGGCCCGGGGAAACAGAGACUGGUCUACUUCUGCAUCGACAUCUGCUUUCCCAGCAACAUCUGCGUGUCUGUGUGUUUCUACUACCUGCCAGAGUGA